CCAUGGCUGAACACGAGCCCGAGCCGAAGCGUUUUUCUCCUAAAAUUCCUGUCCAGCUCGACCCUCCCAAAUACGAUCUGAUAACUGUGGAGGAACUAUCGAAAUGCGACGGCACCGAUCCAAAUCGUCCUACGCUGGUCGCAAUCAAGGGAAUUGUUUUUGACGUGACUCGCAACGCUGCAUACAGCCCGAGCGGGCAAUACCACGUGUUCGCCGGGAAGGAUCCCUCCCGCGCCCUGGCCUCCUCGUCGCUCAAGCCUGAGGAUUGCCGUCCUGACUGGUACGAUCUCGAGGAUAAAGAGAAGACGGUACUCGAUGAAUGGUUCACGUUCUUUAGCAAACGGUACAAUAUUGUUGGGAAAGUGCAAGACGCCACCAACUAUUGACAGAAGUGAAUAAGGCAUUUGCGGUACUUCCUUGAUUAGCCAGCGCUCCUCUAUCAUAAGCGCGCCAAAUAUGCCUAAGGACUGGCAUCUGGUGCCUUGAUAUGUUGUUGUGAUACCUAGGAUCUUAGUCUAUCUGUAUUUAAGUGAUAUCCCAACUGAUCUCUGCGGAUUGCCAGUAUAAGUAUGCACAAUGACCAUUAGCUAUCUAGGUGACCCUGUUGAACUUUUAAAUGUACCCGUGUCUAGGCCUU